CCGAUUUACCUGCCUUCUAUCGAAUUUUCGCGGUGCGCGUAUCGGCGGUGCUGUCAAAACUCAGUUUGCGUUUGUCGUUCACCACGUGUUGUUGUCAGUGCGGCCAGUUAACUAGAUCUGAAGCUUAAAAAUGGCAAACGACUUGGAACAAAAGAUAAUCAAACAAAUUGAAUACUAUUUCGGCGACAUCAAUUUACCUCGCGACAAGUUCCUGCAGGAGAAAAUCAAGGAGGACGAGGGAUGGGUCCCGGUGGAGGUGCUCCUGACGUUCAAACGACUCGCCAGUUUGUCCGAGGAUCCCGCCGUUAUUGCGGCGGCGGUCGAAAAGUCCGAAUCCAAGCUCGUGCUAGUGAACGAGGAGAAGAACAAACUGAGGAGGAACCCCGAACAGCCUGUUCCUGAACAGACCGAAGAGCGUAAACAAGAACUCAUGAAGAAAUCAGCCUAUGUAAAAGGUUUCCCCACUGAAACAGCACUGAAUGACAUCAUCAACUUCUUUGAACCUUAUGGCCCAGUCGAAUCAGUCAUUCGCAGGACAAAGCCAGACCACAAAUUCAAAGGGUCAGUGUUUGUAGUCUUCAAAGACGUUGACACAUGCAAAAAAUUUGUUGAACUUGAGUCAGUUAAGUUUAAUGAUGUGGAACUGAUUAAAAAGUUCCAAAAUGACUACUACACACAAAAGAAACAGGAGAUAGAAGAAAGGAAGAAGCAGAAAAAGGAGAAACAACAAGAAACUAAAGUUGAAAAAACGAUAGACCUCCCCAAAGGUGCGACAGUACAUUUCACAGGUGUUCAAGAGGGCCAAACCUUGACCAGAGAAGAAAUCAAAGAAAAAGUCAAAGAACACAAGGAGGCUCAAUAUGUGGACUACAACAAGGGUGAUCUGGAAGGUUGGAUCAGGUUCCCAGAAGAGAAUAAUGCUGUAGAAUUCUGCAAAAAGAUUGAAAACAAUGAAGUAGUCAUUGGUGACAUUAAGCUAACAAUUAAAUUGUUGGAGGGAGAAGAAGAGGAAGCAUAUUUGAAGAAGACUUCUGAGGCCAUCCUGAAGAAUAGGGAUUCAAAGAAGAGGAACUUUGGACAGAAAAGGAAGGGCAACUUUGGUCACCGGAAUAAUAAAAGGUCUAGGAACUAGGAUUAGGUUUUAUUAUUGUCUCAUAAUAGUUUUAUUAUGGUUUUCAUAAUUGUGUAAAAUAAUGUCCUCAUUUAGGUUUUAAAAUGAGAGAUUUGUUACUUUUUAAAUUUAUUGACUGGAGUUUUGUACAAAUUAUUUUCUUUUACUUCUUGAAUUAUAUACUAUCUCAGUAUUUAUUGUCUGUUGGAUAGAAUUUUAUUAUGCUGAACAUUUUAUUAGGUGCGCCUAAUUUUGUUAUUGUAGUUGCUUUAUAUCUUAUAUUCUAUUUUGUAUUAACGAGUCAAUACAAAUUAUUUUUUGUAACAAUAAAUUCUUAAUUUUGAA